AAGGAAAAGAUACAUGAUAUAAGAAAAAACGUUGCGGUAUUCUGAAUACUCACUACACAACGGAUGAAGUCCUUGGAUGUCAGGAUGGACGGACAAAGGAGAAAAAGAGAAAAUCAGACAAGUGCUAUAGAAAGAGGACAGUGGGCCAGCAAAACUGAAUAUAUUCUGGUUGUUGCGGGAAAUGUGGUCGGCCUGGGCAACGUGUGGAGAUUUCCUUACCUUUGCUACAAGAACGGUGGAGGGGCUUUUCUGGUGCCAUACUGUCUGUUAGCUGUGGUGUGUGGGAUACCUCUGUUCCUGUUGGAGACUUCAUUUGGUCAGUUCAGCCAGGAAGGAUUCAUCACUUCUUGGAGGAAAUUGUGUCCACUGGCUCAAGGAAUCGGAUUUGGACAACUGACGAUAACGCUCUGUGGCUUCAUCUACAUUUUAAUUGAAGCUUGGGCUCUUUUCUACCUGGUAUUCUCAUUCAGAUCCAAGCUGCCCUGGGUCAGCUGUGACAACACCUGGAACACGGCUAACUGUCGUGGUCUACAGACUUCACCUUCAUCUAAUGUGACUGCAAACCUGACCAACACCACCUCUGCUGCAACUGAGUUCUGGGAGCGGCGUGUGCUGGGCAUGUCUGGGGGCAUUGAGGAGCUGGGCAGUGUGAGAUGGGAGCUGGCUUUGUGUCUUCUGGCCUGCUGGGUGAUCUGCUACUUCAGCAUCUGGAAAGGUGUCAGAUCGUCUGGAAAGGUAGUGUAUUUUACAGCCACGUUCCCCUAUGUGAUGCUCCUGACACUGCUGAUCCGGGGCUUGACUCUACCUGGAGCUUGGGAAGGGAUCUACUACUACCUGUAUCCAGACCUGAACCGCCUGGCUAACCUGGAGGUCUGGAUAGAAGCAGGAUCCCAAAUAUUUUUCUCCUACAGCCUGAGUUCUGGGACUCUGCAUAUCCUGGGCAGCUAUAACGAGUACAACAACAACUGUUACAUGGACUGCUUUUGGCUCUGUCUGCUGAACAGUGGGACCAGUUUUGUUGCUGGAUUUGUCGUCUUCUCUGUACUUGGAUUCAUGGCUCAGAAACAGGGUGUCAGUGUUGACGCUGUGGUCGAGUCAGGUCCAAGUUUGGCCUUCCUUGCUUACCCUCAGGCGACAGCUAUGAUGCCUUUUCCACAGUUCUGGACUGUCUGCUUCUUCCUGAUGCUCAUUCUGCUGACUGUUGACACACAUUUUGUGAUAGUGGAGAGCUUUAUCACCACGGUGACCGAUUUGUUUCCAAAGUGGUUUCGUGUACCACUCAGGCACAAGAUGUUUGUCUUCGCCAUCUGUGCAUCCAGCUUCCUCAUACAUCUUACCUUGGUUACUGAGGGAGGGAUUUACAUAUUCCAACUCAUUGACUUCUACGGCUGUACCAGAGUCAGCCAGAAUUUUGUGGCUGUUUGUGAAUGCCUGGCUGUGGGCUGGGUAUUUGGUGCUGAUCGCUUAUCCGACAUCAUAGAGGACAUGACAGGACAGAGACCAUCAGUUUUCUUUAAACUCUGCUGGAAAUACUUUAUUCCUCUGCUGACACUGACCAGCUUUAUCCUGUACCUGGUAGAUUACAAAGCCCUCAAGUUUAACAACUGGUACGUUUACCCUGACUGGGCGUACGCUCUAGGAUGGACCAUGACCCUCUCCUCUGUUCUCAUGGUGCCACUGUGUGCAGCUGUACAGAUGUGUUUGACAGCAGGAACCUUCAGACAGCGUUUGUCUGUCCUUUGUCGUCCUGCUGAAGACAAAGCCUGGAAGAGAAGAGCUAUAGGAGAGGAGGAAACCACUGUUGAACUGAGGACGUCUGCAGUGACCACUUAGUGUGACCUGCAAAGUCACAAUAGGUCAUUUAUUUAAAAAGUUGCAUGCUGGUUUGGGGCUUUUUAUUGGUCUUUUAGUCGGAAUAGUUUAAUUCUAACCUCUUAGCAGUAGCAUCCCUAAACUGUCAGUUAUCAUUAAGUCAAGUACGACUGUGUACUAUUUGUGCAUCCCUUUCCUCCUCAUAUUUAAUGUUGCUUUAGUCAUUCAUCACUUAUUUGCUCUCUCACCAUUUGAUUUAAAUCAGUCUUAAAGUGUCCUGAUUACUUGUAUAAAUUAUGAUCUUUUUGUUUACUUUCUCAUAUCACUCUAUUGAGUUAUGUACUGUAUAUUCCAUGUAUGAACAUGAGAGAAGUUGUAUGGACUCUUGUUAAAGGUGCUCUAAGCGAUGUCAAGUGUAUUUAAGGCUACAACUUUUGUUGUCACGUACAGCAAUCAUCUCCUCACUAUCUGCUAGGUGCCUGUCCCCAGAACACACUGU